GUCGAAUGAAAUUUUAUGGAUGAUUUGUUAGAUAUAAAUAGGCGGAUGUUGCUAUAAAUCAUCGCAGUUACUAGUAAAUUAAAACGACGAACAGUGUUUUGUCUAGUGAAAGCAAUAAUAAAAACGAGAAAAAUUAAUAAAAGUCGGAUUUUGAGUUACGAAAAUGUUUGGAAAAAUAGUAACAAUUUGUAUGUUUGUGGUGUUGGCGUCAACAUUAGUCUCGAGUCAGUCGCAAUGUGGCGUUUGUAUGCCGAAUUUCGCGCAAUGCAUAAAUGAGACCAGCUAUCGACUAUGCUAUGAAGCGACGACAAUGGAACCGGUUGAUGAUGAAGUCUACACUUGCAAAUCCAAUGAAUACUGCACGGAUUCCGAAAAUAUAUGUGAGGCGAACCCUGAUGGUGUAAACAUUAUAGCAGUUUGUGCAGCUCAGCAAAGUUCUGCAACAUGUAGCACAUGUACGGGCAAAACAAAUGGACAGCUUGUUUGUUUAAGCACAACGGAAUUCGGUAUAUGUAGAGGUACUACAACGGUGGAGUCUACUAAUCCCCUCCCUUGCCCGACAGAUCAAUUGUGCAGUGAAGAAUUAGUUUCUCAAUAUAAUUUGAAGAAAGUAUGUGCGCCGCAAGCUGUGCUCGAUUACUUUGAAAUAAGUGCCACUUGUGCAAAUGAAGAUGCGGUAACUCAAGCCACCACUAAAGCAACAACAGCGGCAAUAGAUACAAUCAGUUUAUGCGAAAGCUCGGGCAAAACCGGAUCGUAUUUCCAAAUAGCAAAUGCGGAGAAUUGUCAAACAUAUAUUUAUUGUCAACGUGAUGGCAACUCCUUUAUAUCAAUGGUUAUGCAAUGUAGGGCCGCUAUGUUUUACAGCGUAGCGCAGAAUAAAUGCAUUAGUGCUGUACAGUGCCCACAAUGAUUGCGAAAAGAUGAAUAUAAAGUGAGCAAGCUUGAAGAAUAAGAAAGUACACAUACGAGUUUUCAAAGUUUAAAAAAAUAUAGAUACAUUUAAUAUAUAGCUUGUACACUCAUACAUACAUAUGUAUGUAUGUAUAUAUAUAUACAAAUAAAGCUAAAUGGAAAAAUGAAAUUCUUUAAA